AUGAAAUUCGAAGGAGCAGGUCCUGUCAGGAAGCUCAAGGGAGGACUACAAGAGCUCCCUUUGGAAGGGACACAGCAAAGAAGACACAUUGGAACAGAGUGGAAGAGGGGGAGUGAAUUCUCUACUUCUCAGGGUGUUGAAUCCCAGGACUUCCCCCCAGACCGAAGAAAAAUCAGUUGUCCUGUGUGUGGGAAAACGUUCAGAUAUAAAUCACUGUUUGAUAGACACUGGAGAAUCCACACAGGGGAGAAACCAUAUCAGUGUUUGGAGUGUGGAAAGGCUUUUGUUCGGAAGGAACAUCUUUUGGAACACAAAAACAUUCAUACAGGGUGGAAACCUCAUAAAUGUUUGGAGUGUGGUAAGAGCUUUGCUCGAAGUAAAGAAGUUACUAUCCAUCGUCGAAUCCACACAGGGGAGAAACCUUAUAUAUGUUUGGAGUGUGGAAAGAGAUUUACUCAGAGUGCCAACCUUACUGCCCAUCAACGUUUCCAUACAGGGGAGAAACCAUAUAAAUGUUUAGAGUGUGGAAAGAGCUUUGCUCAGAAGAUACAGCUUACUGUCCAUCAACAAAUCCAUACAGGGGAGAAACCAUAUACAUGCUUGGAGUGUGGAAAGAGCUUCCGUGAGAGAGGAAAACUUACUAUUCAUCAAAGAAUUCACACAGGGGAGAAACCAUAUAAAUGUUUGGAGUGUGGAAAGAGCUUUACUCAGAGGACACAGCUUACUUACCAUCGACACAUCCAUGAAGAAGAGAAACCAUACAGUGACUUCUGGAACAGCAGCAGUGAGAGUCAGUUGUGUCUGGGGAGACCUCUGCAAGACACAGUUGAUUCUGCCCCAUCUGUGGGGGUCCAGAGGCUUUUGGACUCCUAGGGGGACUUUGGAGAAGACCCCUGAAGCUUGGGUGCUUUUUGGAGAGAAGUCCUUGGAUGCAGACGAGGAUAAUCUCUCCGAAACAAAUCCUUCAGCUCAAGACGGAAGCAGAGCCAUCAUGGCGAUUAGCUGUUUAGCCUCCGGCAAGUCACACUAUCUCUUUCAGCAAGGACUUUCUGCUUCAAUUGCUACUGACAACCUUCUCUCUGGAAUGUGUGAGUUUCGUUAUUUAGUCUUGAACUGUUUGGGAAAUUGACUUUAUGGCUUAAUUAGUAGACAACUUAAAAUUACUGAUCGGGAAAAAGAAGACACUGGGAUCUCAACAUAGUUAACUAGAAAAUAUUUCUACCUAGAAGGAUCAUGGAUAAGAUUUAAAUACAGAAAUUAACUUGAUAAGGGGAUUGUUAACACAACAACUAAUUGAAAAUUGCUGGUGCCUGUUAUGAUUUAUGGUCUUAUGAUCUUCUCUGUUCCUGCCUCAGCUGUUAUUCGUGCCACAUACUGAAUGUGCAAGUGGGUGCCGGACGGGUGAUGGAAUCAAUGUCUUAGAUGUAUUGGAGAUAUGAAUGCAAGGAAAAUGAAGUUUUAAAGAUUGCUUUAGAAGAAAACAGUAGAAAAAAAGGAAAAUCCUUUCUCUCUGGUGAGAGCCCUGGCGCCCCCACCUUCCUCUUACCUUGGGACUAGAUAACAAGUCUCUAAACAAGAACUGACUACGCAGAGCUGACCCGGACCGAUAAUAAACCUACCAGACUGGAUUUAUGGUCGUCUACUGAUAUCUACUGGAGAAAGGGUGACAAUGAAGUUGUUACAAAUAAAUAGAACUGAGCUACAGGAUUCUUUACAGCAAACUAUACAAUUAGUUAUGAAUCAAGUAAACAACACAUUGGAUCAAGUUAUGAACCAAGUUGAAAAAUUGAAAAUGGGAAUUGUAGAGCUGAAGGUUAUAAUGAAUGGCAAGCAAUCCCAGCCUGUUGAAAUCCAAGAGGUACCAGAUUUGAAAUGGGACUGGUACACAAAGAUAUAAAGUAACAGCUUGUCAACAAAAAGUUGAAUGGAAAUAUGCAAAAGAAUGGAAGGUAGAAAGAUCAACAAAUAAGCAAAGACUACACAAGGGGCCCGGAAAAAGAAAAAAUAUGAAGAAGAUAGAGGUGCAUUUGGAAGAUGUAAAGGAAGACAAGUUAGAAGACACUCUGCUACGCCACACACUUCAAUCUCAAGCCAGUGCAAGCUAUGUCAACCAAUACUUGUUUAAAGAUCUGAAGAAAUCAACUUCAAAAUCCAUCUAUCAAAGGAAAAAACUGAAAAUCAAACUGAAAGCAUAUGGGGAAAAAAGAAAAGAGUAUAGUCAAGACAUUCAGCUUUGUAAACGUUCAUUUUGCUGGAAUGAUGAUAAAUGAUAUCUGAAUCUGAGGUCUUGAAAAUGGCUAGAUAUAUACUUAUGGAAUAUGAUAAAGAUGGGAUUUAGAAAGAUUUUGAAAAUUAAUUGAAGGAAUUUUAUCUUUUUGAUAGGGAAAAGUGGUAGAAUUGAUAUAGCGUGGAACAGGGUAAGAAUAAUAAUAAUUUGUGGAUAUGCUUUGGAUGAAAUGAUAAAAAGAAAAAUGCAUCUACACUAAGAUAAAGAAUGAUGAAGGUAAAAAAAUAUAAGAUUAAGUACUCUAAAUGAACACUCUUGUUAAAAGGUUUUAGGGAGGUUACUUUAUGUUUAAAUAAAUUGAUGUAAAAUGUGUAAGACUGUUUUAACUGAAGGUUCAAAUAAAAAAAAAAAGUAUAUAAUUUGGUAAUAGAAGGAGUAAUUGUUUAAGGCUCCAGACAAUUUUCUAAGAUUUUAUAUAGUGGUUAGAUAAUAUUACAUCAUAUAUAUAUAUAUUAGGCUAUAUUAUUAUAUAAACACCCAUAUGUUUCAAGGUGGGUGUGUUGGUUACUGAAGAUUUUCCCAGAUGAAAAUCUGGGAAAAUCUUUGCUUUGAGUUUACAGCUUGCUGUGCAUUGACAAUUCCACACAGGGGAGAAACCAUAUAAGUGCUAUCAGUGUGGUAAAACAUGCAUCUUAAAACGUCAAGGAAUUCUCACAGGAGAGAAACCAUAGGAAAAUGUGUAGUGUGAGCAACCAUGCAUCCUGUUAACAGUCAAAAGGCAGAGCCAUAGAAAUGUUCGCUCUGCAUCUAAUGUCUUUUUGCUAAAUCUGCCCCUUAUUAUACACCUAUUGAACUGGUAUUAAUUAAGGUAGGUUCAAUUCUCAGCUAAAAUCAUUGCAAUAUAGUUUAUUAUGAAAUGGGAGUCAGUUGUCUAACCCCAUUAACGCAUGUCAUAGAGGGGUGUCACACUACACGAAACGGCGGACACACGUUUUUCAUGUGUCGGGUCCCGCAGGGUUUCCUGAAUAAUGUAGUCUUACAAAGAAUAGCAGCUCAACGUGAUUCUCCGCCAGAGGAGAAUCAACCUUCCAUGGCAGGAGAAUAAACCUUCCAAAGUCAUUACAGAGACACUUACAAUGUUCUCCGGUCUUCCGUUUCAUCAUCACAACCACCCUGUGAGGUACAUCAGGAUGAGAGGGUGUGAACUGCCCAACAUCAGUCAGCAAGUUUUUUUGCAGAUAAGUGAAUCAAACCUGGGUCUCUUAGAUGUGAAGAUAGGAUAUUACGUUUUGGAGUCUGACAUUAUCAAGAAUGUGAGCCCCUAUCAAGUGGGACAGUUAGCUGUUCUUAGGAGAUGACUUUGAAACCUAUAUGGGAAGCUGAAUUGAUUGGGAGCUUCUUCGAACAGAGUCCUUUCUUGUGACCUGCUUGGAUAAGAUAUUUUUAUGCAAUCUUGCCAUUGCUCUCCUUUAUCAGUAAUGGUCUGAAUAAUUUUCUUUUGAGUGAGACAUUUUAAAAGAUGCAUAUCAUCAUAUGGCAAAGGAUAAAAUGGAAGCAAUGAUUGUCUAAUAAUAUUACUUGUGUACCAGACCUAUAAUAAAUAGGAUAGCUAAUUAGAUGGCUAGGGUUUCUUAGGUGCAUUCCUGUAUCUGAAUCAGGCCUGACUACAGACACCCAGAACAAUACACAACUCUCCGGCCUCCACACAUUCCCUCCUUCCCCAACUGCUCUCAACCACCCGAAGCAGUCAAGGGUCUUCUCGGCUGCUACAAGACUGGCCUAAAGGGUUCAAACUAGGGUGGGCUAUCAGUAGCCCCAUUCUCCCUCCCCCUUCCAAACACCAGCCCUCUACUGGUGGGCAUUGCCAGGUUUAUGAUUGAGAUUGAGGUGUGAAGACCCUGCCCAUAAAG